GAGCAAUAGUAUUUUUUUUCUCCUUUUCUUUUCUGUGCGAAUCACUGAAUCCAAACAGAGUCUAAAUUUGUGUCUUUAGACAGAAGGAAAGGUGCUGGGGGGCACUGGCCAUGAACAAGAACACAGAGAAAUGAUACGGUGGGAAACAACGUACAAAUUUCAGUUCAAUAAUCCAGAUCUCAGAAUCCUCAUUACAAUUCAAAAGAUUGAAAAGAAACAACAAACGCUGUGGUAGCAAACGCAUGGCGCCUUCGAAUUCAUCACCGUUUCGUCGUCUCUUUCUCCUUCUCACGGCUACGUUUCUGGUCUCAGAAUUUUCAUUUCAUGCCCUUGGGUACGAAAGAAGCGGCGAAAGAGGAAGAGCAUACGGCGUUUUUGGGCGGCGAGCGCUGCUGAGUUUUAAGGAAACUCCUAGGGGAAGCAACGUUACUUUUGAGUGCUCACCUUCAGGUCCUUGCGUUUCUUGUCUCUACUCCGAAAAGAAUGAUGAAAAGUUCCGCUGUAGUGAAACUGGCUACCGUAUCCCUUUGAAAUGCAUGGAAAUCAAAGAUGGUUCACAGCAAACAAACAGCAAAAAAUCUCAGAAUGGUCGAUCUGUUCUGGAGAAUCCUUAUGACAAAGAAAAACCUAUUGUGAUCUUGCAUGAUGCAGAAGAACAUGCUACCUCAAGAUACAGAAAUUUACAGGAUGAAUCAUCCGCAUUAGAGGGUGGUUCACAGGCUUACAUUACUUAUAGAAGCUGUAUUCCAACAGAGAAUGAAGAGAGAUUAUCUGUACUUGGGUUUGAGGGUAUUGUGUUGUUUUUGUUGCUUAUCAGCGGUUCAGUUGUAUACUUGAGAGGAAAACGGGCCACUGUGAUGCCAGGAGUUGGAGCAGGGAGAGUCCAGAUGACCUCCAGGUUUUAGCUAUGUGGCCUCUGCUAUUUCAAGGGUUCUCUUCCCCUCAUUUUGUUACAAAUUUCUAGGUUUCCUUUUUAUGAAGCCAAUUCUUUGUGUCGCUUGGACUUUCCAGCGAGGUUUUUUUAUUUUUUUGGGGUAACUGUAUUAUUGCUGUUAUGUGGAAAGGUAGAAUGUAUUCGAACCCACUGUAUAUUUUCUCUUUUGAAAGAAAAUUUUUUGCGAACCAAA